AUGUCGGGGACCCGGCCGACUAAUUCCGUGGAUGGUGAUAUGAGCAUUUCUGAAUUCUCGCUGAAACGAACUUCUGCGCCAGAAUUAAUCUCGCUUGACAGACGACUCGAACGUCUUGGGAGAGAGGUCCUUCCUUUAUAUCCGUUCCUUCUUACUAUUCCCACCGAUGUGCCUUUUCGCCCCGGCGGCCGAUUUGUCAACAAUUGGGCAGUAGGUAAUGACGGACCAUUUACUCCCGACGAGCAACAACUACAAUAUAUGACCUUUCUAACUCAUCAAGACGGCGACUCUUUGUUGGUAGCUGUUGGUGAUUGGUCUGACGGGGCAGGGAGCAUUAUGUCUGAUCAGCGCUCAGGACAUCAAAGUGCGGCAAGCACGCCAUCAAAUGUGUCGCUCAAGAAAAAGAUAAGCUUGAAUGACUAUAGGAAAAGGAGGAAGAGCGGUACCUCAGUGUCUCCGAUCAAUCAAGAGCCUUCUAUCGAGACUCCAGUGUCCCAUCCACUUGGCAACAAUCAAUCAGGAACUAAACAUCAUACCCCUACUGAGGACGCAGGGAAACGAAUUUCUAGAGUACCUCAUAUCAAAUCGUCAGCGCGACCCGGGAAUGACAAGGUAGGGCGCAAACGCCCGCCUGAAUCUGACCAUGAGCAGUUAACAUCACGGGAGGGAAAACAUGCUGGCGUAGUAUCUCCUAAGAAAGCGAGACUUUCACCUGAGAAAGUAUCGCAUACUAAGACCGAAAUCUCAAGGUCUAACGGGCUGCCUGAUCUUCUAUCACCAACUCUACCGCCCACUUCAAACAGCCCCAGGUUACCCCGAUUAUUGUCUCCAACUCUUCCGCCCGAUCUCGAAAAGGAGCUCUCCAGACUCGAUGAAGGUUGCUCAACAUCGAGCGCGUUCAAAGGAUUAAGGCCAUACGACUCUGCAGCCCUAGGAGGGGAUUCACAAAAGCCGAGAUCGUAUGAGCACGGCAGGCUGCAAUCGUAUUCAGCAUCUGGUCUAAGCUCGAAUGACAGAAGUUCGGAUCCUUCAGCUGACAAGAGCGUAUCUACCCCGUUGAGCUCUAAGGAUUUGGACUUCUGUGACUCGCCGAAUAUCGCUUUACACGGUCAAAGAAAGGAACAAACGCCACAACUGACGGACGUAAAAAGGUUUGGGACGGCGAAGCCGCAGCUUGUGAUUAAGUUGAAAUACGGAAGAUCAAAUCGAAAGCGCGUUGAGGCUCUCUUGAAAUUUUCUGGGAAAAGAAAAGCUGCAUCCUCGAACUCCCCUGUUCAUCAACGAACAGAUCAUGAAAAUCAUCACCUUAUAAAAGCCCCCCACAACCAACCGAAGGCACCCUUACAUGGGCAUACUGUCCACAAAUCACAUCGUGUGGAGGGUAAAAAUAAGAAUGUGGUUGGUAGCGAGGCAACCAUUUCUCUGAGGGAGCGUCCUAAGGAGUCAAGGACGCAAUUCUCAGAAAAAUCACGACUGCCGACGUCUUCCAUCUCUGGCUCAGCACCGCCUCACACAGAAGGAUUGAAGCAUUCAAAGGUGACCUCCGUAAAGGGCAUCAAAGACUCUACUCAUCGAACGGAAGCAAUACAUAGCGAUGUUCUGUUGGGGGAUCAGUUGACGCUCACAAAAUCCACACCAGCGCAGCCAAACAGCCCGGGGCCUCAAUCGCGGUUUCAUGAGCGCCGAGCUUGGAAAGACGAGUAUCAGCGUCUUGGAAACUUGGGCAGGGAAUUGAAGCAUGCUGCUGAGAGGCAUACCGCCAAAGACGCGGCAACAGCUGCAGAUGAAAAAGUCGCCGCUGUAACCGCCAUAGAAGCAAUUAUUUGCUUUAUCCUCGCAUUCGUUGCCGAUGAUCAAUCCAAGAGCUUGGCUCGUCAAGUUGGCGACUCGUCAACGUGGCUAUCAAUACUCGCAUAUUGGCGGGUGGUCAGGAAGAACAGCAUUCCCUAUCCUCGGCUCCAUAGCCUUUGUCUGAUCCUCGGUGCUGUGUCUUACGAUGCGAUUCAUUCCCUUGACUUGGAGCGCCUUGCAAUCACCCCAAUUCCAGGAGACCACGCCCCAGUGCCCACACCGGGGAGCGACGGCCUUACCGUCACAUCAGACGAGAACAGAAAGGCUUGGAACGCAUUUCUUGAGCUAAAAAAUCGAUUGCCCGAAUGUUACAAAGAAUCCCAGAGACUGUGGCUCGAAGGUUUGCAAGGACUUUCCGAAGACAUCCUCGCUCGUGAAUUUCCUGAGACAUGGUCAAAGCGCUCAAAAAGAUACUCUGAUCUCGCCAAGCAGCGGCCCAAGAUCGGGGAUUAUGCUGGUGAAUUUUUGGUCCCACCUGGGCGGACAACAACCCCUGUGGAAUCUGUCCGAUUUGGCCACUCAAUUCUAAGAGAGUGGUGUAUCAAAGAGGAUGUAGCAUGGAGCAGCCGGCUCGAUUUAUGA